AUGAGCAACUUCAACACGGGCCCAGCGAUGUCAAUGGGCCUAAAAACAGAAAAUGAUUUAGCCAAGUACGCAAGAAAAAGAUCUUCUUCCAAAUCCCUUGCUAUCGACAUUCAUAAACUUGGCGACUCACUUGAGAACGCCAUCAACUUGGAAGGCUUUCCCAAAUCCGAGAUUUGGCAUGAGUGUGUCUCCUGUCGGGACGAGCAACUCCAAGGCGAUAUGCACAAAACAAAGUGUUCACACUUCUAUUGCAAGGCUUGUUUGAUUCGCCUGUUCAGGGAUUCUUUGCAUGAUGAAUCCUUGUUUCCCCCUCAAUGCUGCCACAAAUCAAUUGCGGCCUCGGAGAAGAUGCUCGGACUCGCAUUAGUUCAAAAGCACAAGGAGAAGACAAUUGAGCUCAGCGACCCCGAUAGGACAUACUGCUGCAACCCGAAGUGCGCUGAAUAUCUCCCACGAAAGAUCACGCGGAAUGGGAUUUGCAAAUGCGCGAGCUGUGGAGUACGCACAUGCAGGAAGUGUAAAAAGCAUGCCCACGAGGGAAAAUGUGUGUAUAAACUUGAUGCACUCCUGGAGGAAUUGGCAGAGCGCAAGAAAUGGCAACGAUGCGCUAAAUGCAGUCGUCUCAUUGAGCUCAGCACAGGCUGUAAUCACAUCACAUCUUUGGACUCACAUCUAUUAGGUGCAUUUGCAAGUUCAAAUUUUGUUACUUUUGCAGAAAGCCGUGGAAAACAUGCAAAUAACAUCCGUCGUGGGGUAGGCAUCUGCGAGUUCUUUACCGUUCGAACUUGCACCGAUUGCAAAAAGGAGGGAUACAGAAGUGAUUGCACCUACGUAAAUGCCAAUAACCACAGCGGUGCUCAGGAUGAGAAAGUCAAUGAUGAUUUGUUGGAAAAACUUGCAAAGAAGAAGUGGCAACGAUGUUCAAAUUGCUCUAGAAUCAUAGAGUGUGUCUCUGGCUGUCAGCGCAUAUCGUAG